AACCUGGAAUCAGGAAUCCUACCAAAUGUGGCUUCGCAAAUCAACGUGUGUAUCUUUGGGACUUUCGGCCAGGCGCGAUCCGUCCAAAGUGGAUCCUGAGAAAGACAGCAGCACAAUGCUGCACCGACCAACCCCACAACAAAGUCUCCGCCACAGUACUCACCCGCAGCUAUUAUACUAGUACCUGCACUCACAACAACCCACAAAGUCCUGUAGAGCGGUAGAGUCUACUAUUGUUCCAUUAUCCAUCUUGACAGGAGCACGAGAGAUACAAGAGGGCAACGAUGGUUGUGCUUUCAGCAUCCGUAUGCACUAGACAGGGCAAGGCCCUCGUGUCGCGUCAAUUUGUGGAAAUGAAUCGACUGCGUGUAGAAGGUCUUUUGGCGGCGUUUCCCAAAUUGGCUGGUCACGGUGGAAAACAGCAUACCUACGUGGAAACCGAUAGUGUGCGAUAUGUCUACCAACCGCUGGAAAAUCAAAUCUACCUACUCUUGAUUACCACCAAAACAUCCAAUAUCGUGGAGGAUUUAGGAACCCUCCGUUUGUUGGCAAAAGUUGUUCCCGAUGUGGCGGGUGGCCUUCAGGAGCAGGCCAUCAAUGACAAUGCGUUUGAAUUGAUUUUCGCUUUUGAUGAGGUCCUUACCACCGGAGGAUACAAGGAAGAAGUCUCCCUCUCCACCAUUCGGGCUAAUUUGUUAAUGGACAGUCACGAGGAAAAAAUCCACAUGGCACUCAAGCAAUCCAAGGAAGAACAAGCCAGGGACGAAAUGCGGCGACAAGCCAAGACGAUCAAAGAACGUCAAAUGGCACAACUCCGAGAAGGAUUCAUCAAAGGAGGAACCGGGUCUGUGUCUGGUGGUAUGCAAGGAUUUGGAGGUGGAGGCGUACAACCCGGAGGACAAAGCUUCCUGGAUGGAUUUGAUUCUGGAUUACAGCAGCAACAGGAAGAGCAGCAACAAAAUGAUUUUGCCCCCUCUGGUUUUGAUCCCAGCAGAUUCGGAAAUUCGGCAGCUCAGGUACCAUCGGCUCCCAAGGUGAUUGCCAAGGGCGGAAUGAAGCUCGGCGGUUUGAGUGUGAAGAGGAACGACCAGGCCUUGGCAGCCAUGGCAGCAGAAGACAACCUGUUGCCCUUGGGCGGGGGCAAAGCCAAUCUCGGUGAUGCCUUUGGACUGGGUGCCCCCGUGCAAAAGGCCGUUGCUGCUCCCUCUACUCCUUUGACAUUGGUUCUGGAAGAAAAGAUCACCGCUCAAAUGAAUCGGGAAGGUGGAGUCGAAUCGUGCGAAGUGAAGGGAACCCUCACUCUUACCGCCAACACGGAUGUCGGAGCCAUGGCAGUUGUUAGCGUCAACAAAGCACAGAUCCCGAAGGACUUCAACGUUGCCACACAUCCCAAGGUCGACAAGAAGACAUACGCAAAGGAAGGAAAGUUGAUGCUGAAAGGAGGAUCUGGGUUUCCCAUCAGUCGUCCCGUUGGUAUCCUUCGUUGGUCGUACGGCGGUGAGGAUGCAGCUCCUCUUUCCAUCAACUGUUGGCCCGAGGAUGAAGGCAACGGUGCCAUCAAUGUCAACAUUGAGAUGGAGCUCACCCGAACCGAUUUGGUGUUGCAAGACGUCAACAUUUUGCUCCCUCUUGGAACAACAGAUCCGCCAGUCAUUGAAAGCAUCGACGGUGUCUACAAGCAUGAUGCAAGGUCUGGUAUGAUGUGUUGGCAUUUUGAUCAGGUCUCCGCCGAUAGCAACAGCACAGCUAGCUUGGAGUUCAGGAUUGGGGGAGCAAACACCGAGGCAUUUUUCCCUGUCCAAAUUGGCUUCCGGUCCGAGACACUGUUGUGUCCCAUCCAGAUUGUCGGCGUGACCAACUCUCAAAAUGGAACCGUUGUCCCCAACCAGAUGACGAAGAACUUUGGCCCGGAAGUCUACCAGUGCACAUAGACAACCUUUGGUCGCUUUUCCUUGCUGGUUCAGGCUGAAUGACGGAGGUGCUUUUGAAAUUGGAUUCGAUUCAUUUUGAUCAGCAAGGAGAUCAGAUGCUGCAACUUUGCGGGGUGAAAUAGAAUUGCUUUGUUCUGUCCAUAGUGGUGUGCACUGGCUAGCUAGUUGGUUGCUUAUAAAAUUAGCAAGAUUGUGCUCAUCAAGGUUGUGGUGUACUGAUAGUGGUUAGGUUGCUUGUGCUAGUUA